AUGCUUUUUACACAUUUUAAAUCAAUUAAUCUGUUUAACCCAUUUUAUCGCACUAUUCAUAAUAAUUUUAAUUUGUGUAGUAGUAAUGUACGUUUUUAUGGUGUUGGAAGGGAGCACGAAAUAAGUGAACAAAUGCCCAAAGUGAGUGAGUUGGAUAGAUUUAAGGAAGUUUUGUCUGGAGAUAAAAGAAAACAAAUCAGAAGGUCUGAUUUUCUCAAAUUCACUGGAGGCAAAAGACCCAUCAUCUCCUCACAUCUCAAAUCAAACCUCAUUUCUAGUGGAUUGAUAAUUUGGUGUGUAAUAGCAUUUUUUGUGACUUUUAAGAUAAUGAAACCUGAGACCUAUGAAUGGGUUGAGAAUGAACGCAAGAGAAUUGAAGCCGCAAAACAGAAAAUCUCGCUCAUCAAACAAGACCAACACAGUGACAAUACAAACUAA